AGCUUGGCGGGCUCCUGACUGGUGACUGGUUAGUGAUGAGGCUAGUGAUGAGGCUGUGUGCUUCUGAGCUGGGCAUCCGAAGGCAUCCUUGGGGAAGCUGAGGGCUCGAGGAGGGGCUGCCAGACUCCGGGAGCUGCUGCCUGGCUGGGAUUCCUACACCAUGCGUUGCCUGGCUCCACACCCUGCUGGGUCCUACCUGUCAGAGCCCCAAGGCAGCUCACAGUGUGCCACCAUGGAGUUGGGGCCCCUAGAAGGUGGCUACCUGGAGCUUCUUAACAGCGAUGCUGACCCCCUGUGCCUCUACCACUUCUAUGACCAGAUGGACCUGGCUGGAGAAGCAGAGAUUGAGCUCUACUCAGAACCCGACACAGACACCAUCAACUGUGACCAGUUCAGUAGGCUGUUGUCUGACAUGGAAGGCGAUGAAGAGACCAGGGAGGCUUAUGCCAAUAUCGCGGAACUGGACCAGUAUGUGUUCCAGGACUCCCAGCUGGAGGGCCUGAGCAAAGACAUUUUCAUAGAGCACAUAGGACCAGAUGAAGUGAUCGGUGAGAGUAUGGAGAUGCCAGCAGAAGUUGGGCAGAAAAGUCAGAAAAGACCCUUCCCAGAGGAGCUUCCAGCAGACCUGAAGCACCGGAAGCCAGCUGAGCCCCCCACUGUGGUGACUGGCAGUUUCCUAAUGGAACCAGGGAAUGACUCCUCCACCCUGCCCUGCCUGCCACUGCCUGCUCUGUUCAACGAGGAGCCAGACUCCGGCCAGAUGUGCCUGGAGAAAACUGACCAGAUGCCCAUACCUUCCUCCAGUUCCUCAUUGAGCUGCCUGAAUCUCCCUGAGGGACCCAUCCAGUUUGUCUCCACCAUCUCCACUCUGCCCCAGGGGCUCUGGCAAAUCUCUGGGGCUGGAACAGGGGUCUCCAGUAUAUUCAUCUACCACGGUGAGGUGCCCCAGGCCAGCCAAGUACCCCCUCCCAGUGGACUCACUGUCCACGGCCUCCCAACAUCUCCAGACCGGCCAGGCUCCACCAGCCCCUUCGCUCCAUCAGCCACUGACCUGCCCAGCAUGCCUGAACCUGCCCUGACCUCCCGAGCAAACAUGACAGAGCACAAGACGUCCCCCACCCAAAGCCAGGCAGCUGGAGAGGUCUCCAACAAGCUUCCAAAAUGGCCUGAGCCGGUGGAGCAGUUCUACCGCUCACUGCAGGACACGUAUCGGGCCGAGCCCGCAGGCCCCGAUGGCAUCCUGGUGGAGGUGGAUCUGGUGCGGGCCAGGCUGGAGAGAAGCAGCAGCAAGAGCCUGGAGCGGGAACUGGCCACCCCGGACUGGGCAGAACGGCAGCUGGCCCAGGGAGGCCUGGCUGAGCUGCUGUUGGCUGCCAAAGAGCACCGGCGGCCGCGUGAGACACGAGUGAUUGCUGUGCUGGGCAAAGCUGGUCAGGGCAAGAGCUAUUGGGCUGGGGCAGUGAGCCGGGCCUGGGCUUGUGGCCGGCUUCCCCAGUACGACUUUGUCUUCUCUGUCCCCUGCCACUGCUUGAACCGUCCGGGGUAUGCCUAUCGCCUGCAGGAUCUGCUCUUCUCCCUGGGCCCACAGCCACUCGUGGCAGCCGAUGAGGUUUUCAGCCACAUCUUGAAGAGACCUGACCGUGUUCUGCUCAUCCUAGACGCCUUCGAGGAGCUGGAAGCGCAAGAUGGCUUCCUGCACAGCACGUGCGGACCGGCACCGGCGGAGCCCUGCUCCCUCCGGGGGCUGCUGGCCGGCCUUUUCCAGAAGACGCUGCUCCGAGGUUGCACCCUCCUCCUCACAGCCCGGCCCCGGGGCCGCCUGGUCCAGAGCCUGAGCAAGGCCGACACCCUAUUUGAGCUGUGCGGCUUCUCCACGGAGCAGGCCCAGGCCUACGUGAUGCGCUACUUUGAGAGCUCAGGCAUGACUGAGCACCAAGACAGAGCCCUGACGCUCCUCCGGGACCGGCCAUUUCUUCUCAGUCACAGCCACAGCCCCACUUUGUGCCGGGCAGUGUGCCAGCUCUCAGAGGCCCUGCUGGAGCUUGGGGAGGACGCCAAGCUGCCCUCCACGCUCACGGGACUCUAUGUCGGCCUGCUGGGCCGUGCAGCCCUCAACAGCCCCCCGGGGGCCCUGGCAGAGCUGGCCAAGCUGGCCUGGGAGCUGGGCCGCAGACACCAAAGUACCCUACAGGAGGACCAGUUCCCAUCCGCAGACGUGAAGAACUGGGCGAUGGCCAAAGGCUUAGUGAAACACCCCCCGGGGGCCGCUGAGUCCGAGCUGGCCUUCCCCAGCUUCCUCCUGCAAUGCUUCCUGGGGGCCCUGUGGCUGGCUCUGAAUGGCGACAUCAAGGACAAGGAGCUCCCGCAGUAUCUAGCAUUGACCCCAAGGAAGAAGAGGCCCUAUGACAACUGGCUGGAGGGCGUGCCACGCUUUCUGGCCGGGCUGAUCUUCCAGCCUCGCCCCCGCUGCCUGGGAGCCCUAGUCGGGCCAUCGGCGACUGCCUUGGCGGACAGGAAGCAGAAGGUGCUUGCGAGGUACCUGAGGCGGCUGCAGCCGGGGACCCUGCGGGCGCGGCAGCUGCUGGAGCUGCUGCACUGCGCCCACGAGGCGGAGGAGGCUGGAAUUUGGCAGCACGUGGUGCAGGAGCUCCCCGCCUGCCUCUCUUUUCUGGGCACCCGUCUCACGCCUCCUGAUGCACAUGUACUGGGCAAGGCCUUGGAGGCGGCGGGCCAAGACUUCUCCCUGGACCUCCGCAGCACUGGCAUUUGCCCCUCUGGAUUGGGGAGCCUCGUGGGACUCAGCUGUGUCACAGGUUUCAGGGCUGCCUUGAGCGACACAGUGGCGCUGUGGGAGUCCCUGCGGCAGCAUGGGGAGACCAAGCUACUUCAGGCAGCAGAGGAGAAGUUCACCAUCGAGCCUUUCAAAGUCAAGUCCCUGAAGGAUGUGGAAGACCUGGGAAAGCUUGUGCAGACUCAGAGGACGAGAAGUUCCUCGGAAGACACAGCUGGGGAGCUCCCUGCUGUUCGGGACCUAAAGAAACUGGAGUUUGCGCUGGGCCCCAUCUCAGGCCCCCAGGCUUUCCCCAAACUGGUGCGGAUCCUCACGGCCUUUUCCUCCCUGCAGCAUCUGGACCUGGAUGCACUGAGUGAGAACAAGAUUGGGGACGAGGGUGUCUCGCAGCUCUCAGCCACCUUCCCCCAGCUGAAGUCCUUGGAAACCCUCAACCUGUCCCAGAACAGCAUCACAGACCUGGGUGCCUACAAACUCGCAGAGGCCCUGCCUUCACUCGCUGCAUCCCUGCUCAGGCUAAGCUUGUACAAUAACUGCAUCUGCGACGUGGGAGCCGAGAGCCUGGCUCGUGUGCUUCCGGAUAUGGUGUCCCUCCGGGUGAUGGACGUCCAGUACAACAAGUUCACGGCUGCCGGGGCCCAGCAACUCGCUGCCAGCCUUCGGAGGUGUCCUCAUGUGGAGACACUGGCGAUGUGGACGCCCACCAUCCCAUUCAGUGUCCAGGAACACCUGCAACAGCAGGAUUCACGGAUCAGCCUGAGAUGACCCCAGCUGUGCUCUGGACAGGCACGUUCUCUGAGGACACUAACCACGCUGGACCUUGAACUGGGUGCUUGUGGACACAGCUCUUCUCCAGGCUGUAUCCCAUGAGCCUCAGCAUCCUGGCACCCAGCCCCUCCUGGUUCAGGGUUGGCCCCUGCCUGGUUGUGGAAUGAACCACGUCUUGCUCUGCUGUCAGGCACAGGCCCGGCUCCAGGCUCCUUUAGCGCCCAGUUGGAUGGAUGCCUCGUGGCAGCUGUGGUCCACCCAGGAGCCCUGAGGCCUUCCCUGAAGGACAUUGUGGACAGCCACGGCCAGGCCAGAGGGAGUGACAGAGGCAGCCCCAUUCUGCCUGCCCAGGCCCCUGCCACCCUGGGGAGAAAGUACUUCUUUUUUUUAAUUUUUAGACAGAGUCUCACUGUUGCCCAGGCUGGAGUGCAGUGGUGCGAUCUGGGCUCACUGCAACCUCCGCCUCUUGGGUUCAAGCGAUUCUCCUGCUUCAGCCUCCUGAGUAGCUGGGACUACAGGCACCCACCAUCACGUCUGGCUAAUUUUUUUAUUUUUAGUAGAGACAGGGUUUUGCCAUGUUGGCCAGGCUGGUCUCAAACUCUUGAACUCAGGUGAUCCGCCCACCUCAGCCUCCCAAAGUGGUGGGAUUACAGGCAUGAGCCACUGCACCCGGCCACAGAGAAAGUACUUCUCCACCAUGCUCUCCGACCAGACACCUUGACAGGGCACACCGGGCACUCAGAAGACACUGAUGGGCAACCCCCAGCCUGCUAAUUCCCCAGAUUACCACAGGCUGGGCUUCUGUGGCAGCUGCUUUUGUCUGUGGGACUCAAUGCACUGACUUUGUUGGCCAAGGCCAAAGCUAGGCCAGAUGCACUGGCCCUUAGCAGGGAAACAGCUAAUGGGACACUAAUGGGGCGCUGAGAGGGGAACAGAUUGGAAGCACAGCUUCAUUUCCUGUGUCUUUUUUCCACUACAUUAUAAAUGUCUCUUUAAUGUCACAGGCAGGUCCAGGGUUUGAGUUCAUACCCUGUUACCAUUUUGGGGUACCCACUGCUCUGGUUAUCUAAUACGUAACAAGCCACCCCAAAUCAUAGUGGCUUAAAACAACACACACAUUUAUUCUGCUCACGUAUCUGUCAUUUGAGCAGGGCUCAGCAGGGACAGCUCCUUCUGUCCUACUCUGUGUCAGGUGGUGCAGCUUGAGGGUUGGGCUGGGGUCACCUGAAGACUCGUUCUCCUGUAUGUCUGGCAGGCAAUGCUGGCUGUUGGCUGGGGGCCUCGGUUCCACUAAGGAAUAGUUGGCUGGGACGCCUCCAUGUGGGCUAGUUGGGCUUCCUCAUAGCAUGGUGGCUAGGUUGGACGGUGUCCCAAAAAGAGAGAGAAAAAGAGAGAGAGGAGGGGAUAGAGACCACUUUUCAUAACCUAGCCUUAGAAGUCACACAGUAUUACUUCUGCCAUAUAUAUAUAUAUUUUAAGAGGCAGGGUCUCGUUCUGUCGCCCAGUCUGGAAUGCAGUGGUAUGAUCACGGCUCAUUGCAGCCUCAACCUCCUGGGCUCAAGUGAUCCUCCCACCUCAGCCUCCCAAAUAGCUGGGACUACCGGUGUGAGUCACCAAGCCCAGCUAAUCUUUAGUUUUAUUUUUGUAGAGCCAGGGUCUCACUAUGUUGCCCAGGCAGGUCUUGAACUCCUGGCCUCAAGUGAUUUUUCUGCCUCAGCCUCCCAAAGUGCUAGGAUUAUAGGUGUGAACCACCACACCCAGCCCACUUCUGCCAUAUUUUGUUGGCCAGUGUGACAAGGAUUGCUACUCUCCUACCCACCCUCCUUUCACCACAUGUGCACAUGCAAGUGUGUGCAUGUACACACACAUACACACACACACAUACGCAUACACCAGAGCCCACCUUGGCUCAAGUCCUCUUUUCUGAGAGGACUUUUCUUUGUGGCUUCCUAUAAUUCAGUGGAAAAUUCAUUGUUUGGGGAUGAGAAAGGUUGAAGCACCAAAAGCUGUACCAAGGGGAACGUUUGCCCCUGCCUCUGACACACAGCUCUGUCCUGGGAGUGAGCUGGUUUUUAGUGGAGAUGGAGUCCCGCCUUGGCUGCAGUGAGCCCGAAAGGGACUUGGCAGCUCCGCUUUCUACCCAGCGAGCUGCCGGCAUGACUGUUGCUUUUCACUUGGGCAUAGUCUGCUCAGAAGCCCCAAUUCAAGACAGCUUAGCUUACUCCUUGUGGCAGUGGGAGCUGCCUGUUCCGCUCCAGCUCACCGGCCCCAAUGCCCACAGGAUCAGCCUGAUUCCCAAGCUCUGCUCCUCCCCUCAGCAAGUGAGAGUUGGGUGUCAAGAGGGUCUGAGGGAUCCAGACCCGGCUGCGUGGCUGAUGAUCUUUGCAGACAGGCAAGCACCUCCUGCCUCGAACUGGCUGCAAAGGGUAUCAGGUUCUGCCAUCCAGUUUCAGCUUGUAAACAGCUCAGGUGUCACCCUGCAAGGGAUCCCUGCACUUGUAGACUCUACAGAGGCCAUGGGCCUCCUGUGUGUGCAGCUACAGGAGUGAGCACUGAGGUGUGCUCUAAUCAUCCACUGUGCCAUGUGCCAGGUUUUUGGUCUGACCCACUGCUUUUGGUCUGUUUGAUGAUGAAAUGAGGUCAGAGCCUGCAGUUAUUCACAGUAAUGAUCUGUUAAUUAUAGCUACUGUUUAUUUUAUUUUUUUGAGACAGAGUUUUCACUCUUGUUGCCCACGCUGGAGUGCAGUGGCAUGAUCUUGGCUCACUGCAACCCCUGCCUCCUGGGUUCAAGCAAUUCUCCCACCUCAGCCUCCCAAGUAGCUGGGAUUACAGGCAUGCACCAGCACGCUUGGCUAAUUUUUGUAUUUUUAGUAGAGAUGGAGUUUCACCAUGUUGGCCAGGCUGAUCUCAAACUCCUGACCUCAGGUAAUCUGUCUGCCUUGGCCUCCCAAAGUGCUGGGAUUACAGGUGUGAGCCACCACACCUGGCCACUACUGUUUAUUUAAUGAGCUGACACAUGCAAGGCCCUUAUCACGGUGCAAGGGAAAUUCAAAGCGCUCAGAAAGUAUUAGCUCAACAAGUGAUGACUGUGUGCCAGACACUGUGCUAAACUCCUACUCAAGAGGGAUAAGAGUCUAGGGGCAAGUGGCAGAGACUCUAGAACAAUGUUGCCUGAGCUCAACGCCCACCUUACCACUUACUUACGCAAGCUAGUUCUCUGUGCCUCAGUCUCCUCAUUUGUACAAUGGGCAUAACCACAGCACCUUCUUUAUAGGAUUAUGUGAAGGUGUGGUGAGAUAAUAUGUUGAGAAUUAGAGCUCAGUAACAUGUUGGCUGUCAUUAUUACAUAUAUCUGUGUUUCAUUCUUGCCUCUGGCUGGAAUGUUCCUCCCAGUUCUCCAUGUGGCCGAUUUCUCAUCCUUCAGGUCUUGCCCCACUCUCCAACCCCCUCACUGGUUUAUCUUUUUCACUUAUUUAUGCAGUCUGCUCUUGUCCUAGGACAUGAGCUCCAGGAGGGCGGGAAACAUCUUGCUUUGUACACUGCUGUGCCCUCUGUACCCAGCAAGGCGCCUGUGUAUAAUAGGUGCUCAAUAAACAUAAAAUGAACAAAUAA